UCCUCUGCUGGAUGUGUGAGGUUUUUGUAUCCCAUUCUGAUUCCGGGCUUUAAGAGACAGACAUUAUGGACCUUUCCUUCUUCUUCUUGGUCAGUGCUCUGGUUCUGAUAAUGGAACAAGGAGGCCACACAGCAUCCCUGCCCGUCCCAAUGUACCAUACCGGAAGAAGAUUGCCUGUCCACCUGGACGACAGGGUCCAGCGCCGUGAGAAGCGCUGCUCCUGCGAGAACCUGAAGGAUAAGGAGUGCGUGUACUUCUGCCAUAUUGGAAUCGUUUGGAUCAACACACCCAGUCAGAUAAUUCCAUACGGAGUGGGAUCCCUCCAGAUGCGUAUAAGACGAGAUGUGGCGCGAUGUCGUUGCAGAAAUAAGAGCGAUGCUGAGUGCUUGAAGUUCUGUUCCCAGUGGUAUUCAGAGGGUGAAAAUGCUUCUGCUUUGAGUCGGCCUCCUGGAAAAUCCAAAGAACGAUACAAGGUCAUGGUGAAACGAAGGAGGUACGGUGCCAUCCAGAAAACCUGAGGAGUGUGAAGCAAACUAUGUCUGUUUGCAGUCUUGCAGUCAACCACAGCCACAGCAAUUCUAUUUCUGUAAAUAUUACUGGUAAUGUGAAUGGUCAUAAUUCAUGGUACGUGAGACCUUCUUCAAUCUGACUGUCAGAAAUGAUGUACUGUUCAGGACUUGAGAUACAGUCGGCCACAAAGCUACAGCUUUCAAGAAAGAAUAUAAUAGUUAAGAACAAAAUAACCCGAUUAGGUGUAACACUAUGACCACCUCCUAGUUUCUACGCUCAUUGUCCAUUUUAUCAGCUCCACUUACUAUAUA